GACAGGCACAGGGGACAGGGCCACCCGCCACCUCGCCUGGAUGUAGGAGGCCUGGCCGAGCGGCGAGGACCGAGGGUGACAUCCCCCAUCCCUGCGGUGGGCGAGGACGGGGACCCCCCCGCGCCCCCCCAGCCUUUGGGGGCACCAUGAAGGACCGGCUGGAGCAGCUCAAGGCGAAGCAGGAUGCAGACGACGAGGAGGAGCUGGAGAUCGCCGUGGACAACACGGCGUUCAUGGAUGAGUUCUUCUCGGAGAUUGAGGAGACCCGGCAGAACAUCGACAAGAUCUCAGAGAACGUGGAGGAAGCCAAGAAGCUGUACAGCAUCAUCCUCUCAGCCCCCAUCCCAGAGCAAAAGACCAAAGAUGACCUGGAGCAGCUGACGGCAGAGAUCAAGAAAAUGGCCAACAGCGUCCGUAACAAGCUGAAGAGUAUGGAGAGGAACAUUGAGCAGGAUGAGGCACGAUCCUCAGCUGACCUCCGGAUACGCAAGUCCCAGCACUCGGUCCUGUCCCGCAAGUUCGUGGAUGUCAUGACCAAGUACAACGAGGCGCAGGUGGAUUUCCGGGAGCGGAGCAAGGGCCGGAUCCAGCGCCAGCUGGAAAUCACCGGCAAGAACACGACGGACGAGGAGCUGGAGGAGAUGCUGGAGAGUGGGAACCCCUCCAUCUUCACCUCGGGGAUCAUGGACUCGCAGAUCUCGAAGCAGGCGCUGAGCGAGAUCGAGGGGCGGCACAAGGACAUCGUGCGCCUGGAGAGCAGCAUCAAGGAGCUCCACGACAUGUUCGUGGACAUCGCCAUGCUGGUGGAGAAUCAGGGAGCCAUGAUCGACCGCAUAGAGAACAACAUGGACCAGUCCGUCGGAUUCGUGGAACGGGCCGUGGCCGACACCAAAAAGGCUGUGAAGUACCAAAGUGAGGCCAGGAGGAAGCUGCUGAUUUUGGUGGCAGUGGCCGUGCUCGUGCUGGGGACAGUUGCCCUGAUCACUGGACUCUCAGUGGGGCUGAACAUGAAAUAGCCCUGGGGCAGGGGUCUACGCUCCCGACCAUCCCAGCGGUGUCACCUCCCGGCGGGAUCCUCCCUGGCACUGAUCCUGGACCCCUCCUCUCCCUGCUCCUCCCGGACCUGCUGCUCCCAGCCCUCCAUGUCCCGGUUCUCGCCGCGGGCUCCAGCACUACCGCCUUUCCCGCCCGUCCUGCCGCUCCCUGGGAUCUGUCCCUCGUGUCCCCACGGGAGGGGACAGAAUUCCUUCCGUGGGGACGCGGCCACUGCUGUCUCAGCCCCAGCGAGGGGUGACAAGGACACAAAUCCCAGGGCCGGACGCAGGUCAUCCCGGUGGAAUGAGGGCGGGAAUAGGGACAGGACAAGGGCUUUGAUGGCA